AAGGAGAAUUGUUUUAUCCCACAGUUGUCUUUGCCCUGUCUGGAGUCACUGUAGUGAGGACUAGUCACCAAAUGACAGGAAUUUAACUCUUUCUUUGCUGUGAUUUGUGUAGCUUCUGGCAGAUGGGUCAUUUUCAGAUGGGUCUGGAAAUGUUCAACUGGUCUUACUGCUCAAACUCUUGUGAGUUGUAAACUUUAUUGCAGGACUAGGUUCUUUGUUACUCACUUCAGACUGGGUAGCAAGGAUUUUUUAAAAAACAGAUAAUUAAUAGUUUCCAGGACAAAGAUACUGACUUUGUAUCUUCUUUCAGAACUACUGUGAUAUCACAUUCAGACAAGACAAAACAAUGGCAGGGUUCUGUGUCCAGUUCUUGUGAAGACUGAAGAUUCGGCAAUACCUGGAAAGAAAGCAGAAGGAUAUGCAGGAGACCUGACAGCCUUGUCAGCUUGUGUGUGUUGGUUGUUCCUACUGUUUCACUAUUGUAUCCAGCCGAGGCGUUUGAAAACAUUCCAGCAAACACACACAGCGUGUAGAUUCUUUUAGAAUCUGAUUAUUUUUUUCCCUUUUGUUGAAGAAAAAUGCCUUUCUUGAGAGGCAAAGCGCAGACUGUCUUGGGCCCUGUGGAGCCAGACUGCCUUGGCUACACGUUGACUCAUGAACACUUGACUAUGAACUACAGCGGCUGUUAUUGUCCACCUUCUCCAGGCCAAGAGCCUCUGUCUGAUGCGCCCAUUGAGAUGAAGAACUUGUUUUGGAUUAAGCAAAAUCCCUACAGCCAUAAAGAAAACCUUCUUUUGUAUCAGGAAACAGAUGCUGUGAAGGAGGAGCUGUUGCAUUUUAAAGCAGCAGGUGGUGGGACGAUUGUGGAAAACACAACCACAGGAAUUGGUCGGGAUAUGAAUACUUUGAAGAAACUUGCUGAAGAAACUGGAGUCCAUAUUAUUGCUGGGGCUGGGUUUUAUGUGGAUUCCACUCAUUCUUCUCAAACACAGGCCAUGACAGUGGAGCAGCUUACAGGCAUUAUUGUUGAUGAGAUACUCAAUGGAGCAGACGGGACUAAAAUCAAGUGUGGUGUGGUGGGAGAAAUAGGCUGCUCCUGGCCUUUGACUCAGAGUGAACACAGAGUGCUUCAGGCAACAGCGCAGGCUCACUCACAGCUUGGGUGCCCCGUUAUCAUCCAUCCCGGCAGGAACAGCGAUGCACCUUUCCAGAUUAUCCGCAUUCUGCAGGAAGCUGGGGCUGAUGUUUCAAAAACAGUCAUGUCUCACCUUGACAGGACUAUAUUUGACACAAAGGAACUUCUGGAAUUUGCUAAACUUGGAUGCUAUUUAGAGUAUGACCUAUUUGGUACAGAAUUUCUUCAUUACCAGUUCCAUCCUGAUAUUGACAUGCCGAGCGACAGUGAAAGAGUUGCAAGGAUUCGUAUGCUGAUCGAUGAAGGCUAUGAAGACAGAAUUCUGAUUGCUCAUGAUGUGCACACUAAGAAUAGGUUGAUGAAAUAUGGAGGUCAUGGAUAUUCACAUAUCCUUAAAAAUAUAGUUCCUAAAAUGCUAAUUAGAGGCAUAUCCCAAGAUAAAAUUGAUAAAAUACUCCUAGCAAAUCCAAAGCGGUGGUUGACUUUUAAGUAGGAAUGAUGAGUAAAUAUUCGUAUUUUAUAGGGAAGCUUGAUAAAAUUCAGAUUUGUUUCAGGAGAGCACUCAUUUUAAAACUUGGUUCUUUUCAGAGAAACUGGAAGUUAUUCAUUAGAUGCGAACAAACUGAUUAUGACUUUUCUUUUUAAUUAGAAUGACAAAAUUAUGUAUUCUCUCUGCAUUUUCUCCUAAAAGUCUGUUCAUGAAUGAUUUACUGGGUAUGAGCCUACCUGCAAAGUCUUUUCAAUUGAAAUUUUAAAAUUUUUUCUAGAGAGUAAUCUAAUACUAUUAUUAGAUAUUACCCAAAAAUAUUUUUGAAGAUGCAUCAUCUGGACUUUGAAGGAAAUUAUGGUUUUCAGUUAAAUUCCCCUUCUCCAGGGGGUGAUUUUAAUCCUUGUAAUAUUGACAAUCUUCUAAUUAUCCUUAGAUUCUUUAAAUAGUGCUUGAUAAAAGCCUGGGGUUUUUAAAUAGCUUCCAUAGACAACAGAAGGCAAAAGGAAUCUCAAAUAAUUCUGAAAAGAUGUUGUUUCUUUCUAGUUUAACAAUUUACGUAUUUUUAACUGAAAGUGUAAAAAAUACAUGGAAAAAUACAUUUUUGAAUAAAGCAAUUUGAUGACCUUUUAAA